AUCCUAGACUUUGGUGUUGGACAGACAAAAUAUCACAUAACACCACCACUUAAGUCAAUUUCACGGAAUCACAUGCCCUCGAGAUUUUCAAAAGCUAUGACAAGUGUACUACAUAAAGCUGACAUGUGUAAGUAAGUAACUUUUACAAAAUUACCACCCUCCUUUUUCUUACAAGGAAUAAAAUAAAAUUACCACCACCGUGAUUUGGAUCAAAGUACACUGUAAACGUAAAAAUUGAUGAAUAUCUUCUUCACAAAUCACAAGUACAGAAGAAGAAGAAAAAGAAGACGUCGCAGUCAUACUGCACCGCAAACUGCGCACUUCACACCCUAUAAAUCAACAUCAGUACUAUUCUCUCUCUCUCUCUCUCCUCACUCCUCCAUGGCAGCAACAAAACCAAACUCCACUCUCUCUCCACCACCGUCACCCGAAACCCUAGAAUUCAAAUGGGGUAAAAAACGCGGCAAAGGAGGCAAAAAACGCGACACACAAUUCUACGAAUCAUUCACUUUCGACGGUGAAGACUAUUCUCUCUUCGAUACCGUUUAUCUUCAAAACGGAAAUGAGCCGCAGUCAGAGCCGCAUAUCGGUAAAAUCAUUAAGAUUUGGGAAGUUCCUAAUCGUGAAAAGGCUAAGAAGGUUAAGAUUCAGUGGUUUUUUCGACCUCGUGAAGUUUCCAAGUUUUUGAAGAGGAUUCAGAUUUAUUAUAAUGAGCUUUUCUUUGCUACUGGUGUUGGUAAUGGUCUUACCAAUAUCAAUCCUGUGGAAUCUAUUGCUGGGAAAUGCAAUGUUGUUUGCAUUUCUAAGGAUGCUAGGAAUCCACAACCAUCAGAUGAAGCAGUUCAGAAUGCUGACUUUGUGUUCUAUCGCUACUUUGAUGUUGGGCAGCGUAAAAUAGUGGAGGAGGAGGAGGUAGAUGAAAAGAGUGUCGGAAUUGAUGUUAAAAAACUAUUUAACAAAAUGCCAUAGUCAAAAGUUUGCUGCUGCUGUAAAACAUUAUUUAUACAAGAAAGGAGUUGGUGAAGAGUGCCUUGAAAAGUAGUGAAAUUGCUUUUCUGAGUAAUUAAAAGAAAAAAUAGCCAGUCUGUAGUUAAAAGGUAGCUGGCAAAUAUGUUGUUACAUUAGUUACAGAAAGGAGAUGUUUAAUUUACUUGGAAUAGUAAAUAACUAUGGAGGAAAACCGUCUUAGAAGACAAACUUUAGAGGUUCAAUUGUGUUGUUACAUUAGUUACAGAAAGGGGAUGUUUAAUUUACUUGAAAUAAUAAAAACCUAUGGAGGAAAAGCCUUCUUAGAUGAAUAAAUCUUGAAGGUUCAGUUAUUUUUGCGACAAAGAGGAAGUUUUUUUGUCGGGUAUACAAAUUUGGUGUUUCUGAUAUUUAUUUCUGAAAUUUGGUGCCUUUGAAUUAUUGUAGUUUUAUAGCCUGAUGUGAUUCGUAUUGAGUUCACUUACUAUCAUUGUUAUUAUUUAAAAGAGAUUGAGUAUGGUUACUUAUAAACAGCCAUUUGAAUCAACUCAUAACUUCCUAUAAUUUAGGUUUUUUUA